AUGAACAAAACAUCAACAAUACAAAACUUGCGUCCAAAUUGUUCUUCUCCCUAUGCACAAUCUUCAGAACUCUUAACGCGAUCAGCAGUUGAUGCCACACUGCUUCACGUCAGGCCCCUUGGCCUUGACGGUGAAGGGGUCGAUCCUGACCCAGAGCAGGGAGAAGAUGGAGGCGAGCAGCACGGACCAGAUGAUGACGAUGGUGGGCGUCCUGUUCUGCCUCCCCAUGAGACCCUUGAGGAACGGGUAGAGAUGCACGAUCACCCAGAAGGCGAAGAAGAGCUUGCCGAAGAGCGGGCCCCACGACUGGUACCCGUUGUUGAUGGCGUCGGAGAUGCCCGCCACCACGCCGAUGAUGUUGAUCACCAGCAGCGUCGUCGGCGGGAUGAGGAGGGUGGUCCACUUGAAGGCGUAGAGCUCCGCAAACUCGUCGUCCUCGUCUCCCGUGGCCUUGGAGGUGACGGUGAAGUUGGUGUCGAUCCCGGCCAGGACCUUGAGCAGGCCCUGGAUGACGGCGAACAGGUGCGCCGACACGCCGCCGAUGACCCAGAACUGCUCGUUCCUCCACCACUCCUCGAUGCUCACCCCGCUCCACCGCAGCUCCAGGAUGCCCGUCGCGAAGAUGGAGAUGAAGAGGGAGAUGAAGAAGAGACUGGCGAAGCGCUCGAGCCACUUGAGGUUGCCGCCCUUGUAGCCGUAGAGCAACGGGCUGUGCCGGCUGAAGAAGAUCUCCACGGACCCCAGCGCCCACCGCAACACCUGGUUGAGACGGUCAGACAGGUUGAUCGGCGCCGACCCCUUGAAGGCCGCCAGCUUGGGCAUGCAGUAGAUCGACCGCCACCCGCGGCAGUGCAUCUUGAACCCGGUCAGGAUGUCCUCCGUGAUCGACCCGUAGAUCCACCCCAACUGCACCCCCAGUCAGUCUUGUCCUCGUAG